CAUUCACUGUUCACUGCUCCUAUAGCUUUACUCCCAAAUAUCUAUCGUCUUUUUCUUUUUCUCCUUUUUGAGAUUCCAUCAUACUCUUUGUUGAAUUUAGAGUCAAUCCACCAGUCUCCAAACUGCCUGCUUUUCUUCAUAUAUAUUCCCUUUAUUCACAAUUCCUGGUUUGAUCUACCUUUAAUUUAAUCAAAACCCUAGUAUUCUUCUAUAGCUGAAAUCAUUGAGGAUUUUGGAGGAAUUGGAUCGAAAAAGUUAGUCUUAAAUGGCGAUAGCUGCACCGGAACAGCUGAACCUUACGGAAGCUCCAACAUGGGGAUCUCGGACCGUUGAUUGUUUCGAGAAAUUGGAGCAGAUUGGUGAAGGCACUUACGGUCAAGUGUACAUGGCUAAAGAAAUUAGAACAGGGGAAAUUGUUGCUUUGAAGAAGAUACGCAUGGACAACGAAAGAGAAGGGUUUCCAAUAACUGCUAUACGUGAAAUCAAAAUCUUGAAGAAGCUGCACCAUGAAAAUGUGAUUAAUCUGAAAGAGAUUGUAACAUCUCCAGGUCCUGAGAAGGAUGAGCAAGGGAGGCCAGAUGGUAACAAGUAUAAAGGUGGAAUCUACAUGGUCUUUGAGUACAUGGACCAUGAUUUGACUGGGCUUGCUGAUCGUCCUGGAAUGAGAUUUUCAGUUCCGCAGAUUAAGUGUUACAUGAAACAGCUUUUGACGGGACUUCACUAUUGUCAUGUGAAUCAAGUGCUUCAUCGUGAUAUUAAAGGUUCCAAUCUUCUGAUUGACAACAAAGGCAAUUUGAAGCUUGCCGAUUUUGGGCUUGCUCGAUCCUUCUCAAAUGAUCACAAUGCAAAUCUUACAAAUCGUGUAAUUACUUUAUGGUACAGACCACCUGAGCUGCUUCUUGGGACCACAAAGUAUGGUCCAGCCGUUGAUAUGUGGUCGGUUGGUUGCAUCUUCGCUGAGCUACUUCAUGGAAAACCAAUCUUUCCAGGGAAGGAUGAGCCAGAGCAGUUGAAUAAGAUUUUUGAGCUGUGUGGUGCUCCAGAUGAGGUUAAUUGGCCUGGAGUUUCCAAGAUUCCAUGGUAUAACAAUUUCAAACCAUCAAGGCCAUUGAAAAGACGUCUAAGGGAGGUUUUCAGACACUUUGAUCGACAUGCUUUGGAGUUGCUUGACAAGAUGCUGACCCUGGACCCGUCUCAGAGAAUUUCAGCCAAGGAUGCACUUGAUGCCGAGUAUUUCUGGACUGAUCCAUUACCAUGCGAUCCAAAGAGUUUGCCAACCUAUGAAGCUUCACAUGAGUUCCAGACAAAGAAAAAGCGUCAGCAGCAGAGGCAGCACGAAGAAGCAGCUAAACGCCAAAAACUGCAUCACCAGCAGCAGCAUGGUCGGCUUCCACCGGUUCAGCAGUCAGGGCAGGGACAUCCUCAAAUGAGACCAGGCCCAAAUCCCCCAUUGCAUGCAUCCCAACCUCAGGUUGCUGGCGGACCGAGCCACCACUACGGGAAGCCGCAUGGACCUCCAGCAGGGCCAAGCAGAUAUCCAGCUGGAGCAAAUCCUUCUGGAGGAUAUGGUCACCCUACUCGUGGCCAAGGUGGAGCUUAUGGCAGUGGUCGCUAUCCACCUCAAGGAAGGGGUUCCCAAUAUGGUUCAGGAGGAAUGCCUGCUGCUGGUCCCCGGGGAGGUGGAGGUAGCAGUUAUGGUGCCGGAGGCUCAAAUUAUCCUCCAUAUGGAGCUUCUGGCACUGGACGUGGCUCAAAUGUGAAUCGCAACCAACAACAAUAUAAUUGGCAGCAGUAAAAUGUGCAAUGUGAAAUAUAGGAAGCAAAGCGAAGUGUGGAUUGGAUAUUCCCGCUUUCUUGGCUCUCUGAUCCAACCUUAUGCAUGGCAAAGAAAGGCAGGCAAUGUGUGGCAGGGCAUCGGCGGGACCUGUUUAUAUGAAAACCUGUUACACUGAAGGUUACGUAAAGUAUAUAUAAUUUUCUAUGGACAUUGUCUGAUGUUCUCUAUCCACACCCAAAUUUACUUGUAAACAGAACCACCAUAAAUUUACGUACUUGGCUAGGGAAGACUUCUAUUUUCAUCUGUUUUCGAUGAAUAUCUUCCUGUUGUUUAAAUACUGAAUUUCUUUUAUUAAUCGUGGUCGAGAUCAAAA